AUGCUCUCGGCAUUCACCGCUCAGCCCAUUGUCGAGCUGAAGCAGCGUGACAAGUCAAAGAUCGAGUCCAUACUUUCUCACAGCGACCAACUGCUUGUCGGCCUUAACACGGGUGCCCUCCGCAUUUACAGAGUCAAAAGUCCUCCAUCGCGUUCCGCUGAAUCUGAUGAAGGCCAUGAAGGCCACGAGGCCACGACCGACGAACCACCUGCGAUAGCCAAACCUUCCGAACUGCUUCGAGAGUACGAGAAGUUCUCAAGAUACAAGAUCGAACAGCUUGCUGUUUUCCGCGAAGCGAACAUCCUGAUAUCUCUAAGCAAUGGUCUUGUCUCUAUCCAUGACCUAGGCACCUAUGAACUCAGUGAACAACUCAGCAAGACCAAAGGAGCUAGCACCUUUGCUGCCACAAGCAACAUCGUCAAGGACUCCUCAACUGGUGUGCCUACCCUUGUCAGCAGGUUAGCGGUUGCGGUAAAGAGAAGGCUCCUCAUCUGGACCUGGCAUGAUGGAGAGCUUGAGUCUGAGGCUGCUGAAGUCGCGCUGUCGCACAGCAUCAAGUGUUUGAGCUGGGCAACGGGCACAAAAGUUAUUGCUGGGCUGAGUGCAAACUAUGUCCUUGUUGACGUUGAGUCUCACCAGGUCAAGGACAUUAUCGGCCCUGGCAGUAUUGGUGGCACCCCUGGCCAAGAAAGCAGCAGACUGGGUGGCACAAUGAGCUAUAUUGGUAUGGGUUCAAUGGUCCCCGUACCGCUCGCAACUGGACUGGGAGAUGACGAGAUGUUACUGGCCAAGGAUGUCAACACCCUCUUCAUCGACCGCAACGGAGACCCCAUUACUCGACGUCAGGUUCCAUGGCGCUUGGCUCCUCAUGCGAUCGGAUAUUCAUAUCCUUACCUCCUCGCUUUACAAGAAGCUUCAAAAGGUGUCCUGGAAGUCCGGAACCCUAAAACGCUCACUUUACUUCAAUCGAUUGAUCUUCCUGGCGCGGUAUUACUCCAGGUUCCAAAUCCGAACAUCAGUCUUGCCCAUCAAGGGAAGGGAUUCCUGGUUGCCAGUGAACGCGUCAUCUGGAGAAUGCAAGGGCUAAAUUACGAUGCCCAGAUUGAUGCUUUGGUCGAAGGCGGUCAAUUAGAUGAGGCAAUCAGUUUGUUGGAGAUGAUAGAAGAGACUCUGAUCAAGAACAAAGCUGGAUGCUUGCGUGACAUCAAGAUACAGAAGGCUCGGCGCCUUUUCGACGAAAAGAAAUUCAGAGACGCGCUUGACCUGUUCGGCGAGGUCUCUGCCCCCCCUGAGCUUGUCAUAAAGCUAUAUCCCGCAGUCAUUGCAGGUGACCUUGCGAAUGAAGAAGUGAGUAGUGUCGUGGGGAAUGAAGCGGAGGCAAACAUCGAAGACAACCCCCAGACAUUGCCGCUGAAGACAGACGUCGCCCCAAGUCCUGCGAAAAGGGCAAAGACCAUAUCCUCAGAGGUCGAUGCGGCCAGCAUACAGAGCGUGAAAACUGCAGACCGCACAGGGGGAGAGAGCCUCUCGGAGAAAGAACUCAAAAGCGCUGCCCGAGAACUCCAGGCAUUCCUCGCCGACGUCCGUCGCCGCCUGCAACGAUUCUUCAACCCGGACCAGACGGUACGCAAUCUGUCUGAAGUCCAAAUGGCAGCCCAGUCCGAGGACAUCCGUCAGGUCACAGAGCAUCUUCUUGGGAUACCCACGCUGGAUGAUGUGGAUCUUGCAGACAAGCUGCUGGAUGUGGCCAAACUCGUUGACACCACCCUUUUCCGCGCGCACAUGUAUGCUACGCCUUCACUUGCAGGAUCACUUUUCCGCAUUCCCAACUUCUGUGAUCCCGAGGUUGUCAUGGCGAAGCUAGAAGAGACAGAACGGUACAAUGAUCUGAUCGAGUUUCUAUACGGAAAGAGACUGCACCGGCAGGCGCUGGAAAGGUUGCGAAAGUUCGGACAGGCGGAAAAGACUGAAGACAUCGAUCCCCUGCUGCAUGGACCUGCGAGGACGGUCUCAUACCUGCAGAAUAUGGGCCCAGACCUGAUUGAUAUGAUACUAGAGUUUGCCAGGUGGCCACUCGAGGUGGACCCAGCAAUGGCCAUGGAGAUCUUCUUGGGCGACACGGAAAACGCAGAGUCACUCCCACGGGAGAAAGUCCUCGCAUUCCUCGAGUCAGUCAACAUAGACUUGGCGUUACAGUAUCUCGAACAUGUGGUUGACGAAUGGGACGAUUUGACGCCUGAACUGCAUCAGCGGCUGGCUGCGCUCUAUCUUGAACGCUUAAAGGAUCCGGCAGCAACAAACCAAGACGACCUGCUCGAUAAAUUCCUAACACUCCUGAGGACGUCUGAUCAGUAUUCUCCCGCAAAAACCCUGGGAUUACUGCCUCGGGAUGAUCCAAUGUUCUAUGAGGCUCGAGCCAUCGUCUUCAGCAAGAUGGGCAACCACAAGCAAGCUCUGGAAAUCUAUGUCUUCAAGCUGCAUGAUCCCGGCAAAGCGGAGGAAUAUUGCAAUCAAACGCAUCUGGAGGCGACCAGCAAAUACUCCGGCAAGUCGGUGCCUAAGCGGAAACCGUCCACCACCGAUCCAGUUGAUGAGGAGCCUUCCAUCUAUCAUAUUCUCCUAAACCUCUAUUUAAACCCACCGAAAGGUGAGCAGGCACUGUUCGGGCCAGCCCUUGGGUUGAUGGCUCGCCAUGGACCGCGGUUGCCGGCAAGUUCGACGUUGGAGCUGAUCCCCGAAGAUUUGCUGGUGAAGGAACUAGAGUUCUACUUCCGCGGUAGGAUACGAAAUGCCAAUACUAUCAUGAACGAGUCGAUGAUAGUCUCGGGCCUGAGGAAAGUGGACGCUGUUCGAGUUCAAGCCACUUUGCUGCUGGGAGACCGUGUCCAGACCGGCGGUCGAGGGAGAAAAGUGAGGAUCGACGAAGAUCGAGUGUGUGGCGUCUGUUAUAAGCGACUUGGUGGCAGUGUGAUCAGUGUAUUUCCUGAGUGA